AUGCUACACUUUGCUGGCCCAGAAGUCGACGAAAUUUUUGACACGCUUGAAGACCCCGAAGGCGAAGCCGACACAGACUAUGAAGCUGCCGUAGGAAAACUCACCAAAUACUUCGCUCCACAAACGAAUAUCGCGUACGAAGUCUAUAAUUUUAGACAAGCAAGACAAAAUCAAGGAGAAUCACUCGAUAGUUAUCACGUUAGACUUCGUCAACUCGCUAAGACUUGCGAUUUUACGGACAUAGACAAAGAGAUGAAAGAACACAUUAUUCUUAGCUGCACUUCGAACACGCUGCGUAGGCGAGCACUUCAGGAUGAAUACAGCUUGGACAAGUUAUUAAAAGUUGGAAGAUCGUUAGAAAUCAGCGAAAGUCAAGCAAGACAUCUCGAAGGAAGAGAUCAAGCAAUAAAUUCGGUGCGUGGCAGAAACAGAAGCUAUCAAAUGAGACGAAAUUAUUCAUCGCGUGAGGAUAAACCACCCACUCAUUUUAGCAAAAAGAAUAUUCAUACUUCUAAACAAAGUAAAGAGCCACAUCAAACCUGUAGAAAUUGCGGUGGACAUUUUCCCCAUAAACAAGUUUGUCCAGCGAAGGAUAAAGAUUGUAGAGCAUGCGGAAAACGUGGACAUUUUGCACGCGUAUGUCGUACGAAUCCACCGAAGUCGAAACCUGUGAAUGCUGUCGCACAAUCCCUUGAUAAAAACCGACCAAACGAUGACGAAGCUGACGAGUACGAAUAUGUCUACACGGUUAACAAGUCACCAAAUGGCCCACCUAUCUGUCUAAUUGAAAUAGAAGGACAACGACUCAACAUAAUGAUCGAUACUGGAGCAUCGGUCAACCUGAUAGAUGAAACAACCUACAGGAAAAUAAAUCGACAUGGAGAACGAAGAUUGGAAAAGGCAGAGCGCCACAUCUACUCCUAUGGUUCGUCAGUACCCCUACCAGUACUCGGGACGUUUAUCGCUACGAUCAAAACACCAGAUAUGUCAACAGUUGCCAAGCUACAUGUCGUUAAAGGAAGUUUUGGAAAUCUACUUAGCUUUGUCACAGCCAAGAAAUUGAAUCUCUUUCAAGUAUCUGUGAAUGCAGUCGAUGUUCCAUACCCUGAAUGUCUACGACAAGACUACAAGUGUUUGUUUGGAGGAAUUGGGAAAGUAAAAGGACGGUUGAUUAAAUUGCAUAUAGAUCCCCAAGUGAAACCGAAACAACAACCUCAUCGUAGAAUACCUUUCCACGUACGAAAAGAUGUAGAGAAAGAACUUGAACGGUUAGAGAAGUUAGAUAUAAUAGAGAAAGUGGAUGGUCCCACUCCCUGGGUAAGUCCUAUCGUGGUCGUGCCAAAAGAUUCGGGAGAAGUGAGAAUUUGCGUUGAUAUGCGUGAAGCUAAUCAGGCGGUGAAAAGAGAGAAGCAUCUGAUGCCUACUGUGGACGAUCUCAUCACUGAUCUUAAUGGUGCUACGGUAUUUAGUAAGCUGGAUCUCUCGUCUGGAUAUCAUCAAUUUGAAUUAUCUCCGGAAAGUCGGAACAUUACCACUUUUUCCACCCACGUUGGGCUUAGAAGAUAUAAUCGUCUUUUAUUUGGAAUUAAUGCAGCAGCUGAAAUAUUUCAGAACGCUAUCGAAGAAAUCCUAGCCGGCUUACCAGGAUGCAAGAAUAUAUCAGAUGACAUUAUUGUCUUUGGUAGAGGUCAGAAAGAGCACGAUACAAACCUACGUGGAGUUCUCGAAAGAUUGAAGCAGUAUAACAUUCGUCUAAAAGAAGAAAAAUGUUCAUUCUCACAGUCGACGAUUAUGUUCUAUGGUCAUAUCUUCUCCGCGGAGGGAAUUAAACCAGAUCCCAAGAAGAUCGAUGCCAUCAAAGCUAUGAAUCCACCUGAGUGUUCAAGUGAAGUGAAGUCACUCCUAGGAAUGGCGCAGUAUGUGUCCAGAUUUAUCCCCGAUUAUGCCAAGAUAACAGCCCCACUACGAAGCCUCACUAAGCAAGGUGUUGACUGGAAAUGGACCGAGGAAGAACAGACGGCUCUCGACAAUUUGAAAGAAGCGCUUGCUGGAGAUAAAGUGAUGACGUAUUUUGAUCCAAGAAAGAAGACGGAAAUCGUUGUUGAUGCAAGCCCAGUAGGACUUGGUGGUCUACUGAUGCAAGAAGGAAACGUUGUUAGCUACGCAAGCCGCACUCUUAGUGAAGUCGAAGCAAGAUAUUCUCAAACAGAAAGAGAGAUGCUAGCUGUAGUUUGGGCUGCUGAACAUUUCCACCUAUACGUUUACGGUUCAAAGUUCCACAUCAUCACCGAUCACAAACCCUUACUUGGUAUUUUCAAGAGCAGUAAAUCCACAUCGACCCGCAUCGAUCGAUGGAAGUUGAGACUUAUGCCUUAUGAUUGUCAGUUGUUCUACCGGCCUGGAAGAAACGAAGAAAAUCUAGCGGAUUUUAUAAGUCGUCACCCGAAUGCCUCGGAAGUCCAAGAGCAGAACGUAGCAGAGGCAUACACCAACUAUGUUUGUAUCAAUGCAGUUCCAAAAGCCAUGACUAUCGACGAUGUAGAAGUUGAAACUCAGAAAGAUCCAACAAUGCAAGCCGUGAUAAAGGCAAUUGAAACCGAUAACUGGUCAACCCCCGAAGUUCAGGAGUACACGAAGAUCAAACAAGAAUUAACAGUUCAUAAAGGUACAAUCCUGAGGGGAAAUCGCCUUGUGAUACCACCAACGCUGAGAAAUAAAGCUGUGGAUCUAGCACACAUUGGGCAUCAAGGUGUCGUGAAAACAAAAAGAUUGUUAAGGGAGAAAGUCUGGUUUCCUGGCAUAGACAAGCUUACAGAAGAGAAGAUAAGAAAUUGUCAUCCUUGCCAAGUUUCAACGCCCGAAAGCUCAAAACGCUCAGAACCUCUGAAGAUGACCCCAUUGCCCAGUGGUCUUUGGAAAGAAGUGUGCAUCGAUUUUGCCGGACCUUAUCCUUCGGGUGAAUAUAUCAUGGUGGUUAUCGACGAAUACAGUCGUUUUCCAGAGGUUGAAAUCUUGACUUCCACAUCAGCUAGAGCAGUGAUACCGAAGUUGGACGCAAUCUUUUCCAGACAAGGAAUUCCUGAUGUCUUAAAAAGCGACAAUGGUCCUCCGUUUACUAGUCUCGAAUUCAAGAAAUUCGCAGAGCAUCUGGGUUUCCAACAUCGUCGGAUUACACCAUAUUGGCCAAAAGCUAACGGGGAAGCUGAGCGCUUUAUGAGAACUCUCGGAAAGUCCAUACGCACUGCUACUGUUGAAGCGAGGAAUUGGAAACAAGAUCUGUACAAAUUCCUUCGGCAAUACCGUGCUACACCCCACUCCACCACAAACAUCUCACCAUGUGAAGCCCUCAACCAGAGGAAACUCAAGACGACCUUACCUGAACCAGACCUCCCAAGAGUUAUAUAUGAUGAUAUACAAAGAAAGAUGGAAAGAAGAGACGCUGAACAGAAGUCGAAGGAAGUCGAAUUAAGGAUGUUUGAUGAUAGAUAA